UGUUGAUCUCAGUUAACUUGAAGCGUCAAAAAGGGGGGAAGCUGUCAGAUCUGCUUGCAAAGAUAAGACAUUUCACUCCAGCCCAGGCAGCAACUGGAAACUUUGCAGUGAAAGGAAAUAUUCUGGAAGGAAACUAUAAAAAUGGAAUUUCUUUUUGUUUUUUUUAUUAAGAAAAACCAAAGCUUAAACCAUCUUUUAAUGGGCUUUUUGGUCAACUAAACAUAUUCUUUUAUAGACAAUUUGGGAUUCUGUAUAAUAAAGAAUCGCCUUUAUCUAACUGGAUCUGUGUCCUCGAUCAUGAGUAGGCAUUUUCUAUUUUGUCUGCAAACAUAGGGGAAAAGCAUGAAACGACAUCAGUGAAAUGUGAGGGGGGGAAACCCUCUUGGCAGGUAGUAGCAGCCGGUUCUUUGCUGCAAAGAAACCUGAGAGCUUGGAUAUAAGAAACAUCCAAGUGAUAUUUAACAUGACCAUCUGUAUUGCUUUGUCACCAACAGUAUGUUCUUGAGGAAGAGGUGCAGAUAUGGAUCACGUAAGCUGCAGUUUCUCUUGUUGUUGCUGAUGCUGGGUUUUUUGCUACUGAUGGUUACAAUGCUGAAUCCACCACCCAGGGAUCAGAACAAGGAGGGGACAUCCCAACCAGUGAAGUUCACUCUCAGAGAAGGGUAUCAGCUGGACUUCGCCGAGACCCAAGAGAUGUUGGAGACUCAGGAGGAGAGACAGCAGUACUAUCCCAUGGAAGGGCUGUCACCUUUCAUCUCCCUUCAGGAAGAUGAACUGUUAGUGGCCAUCGUGGCACCCACCAUCAAAAGGAACCACAGCAGGACUAGGAAGGGAUACCGAAUGGUAAAGCAGCAGAAUAAAAGGCACAUGGAAAGGAUUGAGGUCAAGCUAAAGGAAGACCCGGAGUCUCUUCCCCUGCAGGAUGGAGACUGGGAUGAUGGGGGUGAGCAAUUGCUUGGCCUGGAAAUUCACGGUUUCAAUGAAGCACUCAGUGAGCAGAUCUCUCUGCAUAGGGAGCUGCCUGAGGUACGACAUCCUUUGUGUCUGCAGCAGGAGCAUGGCCCCAGUCUUCCUACAGCUAGUGUUAUCAUCUGCUUCCAUGAUGAAGCCUGGUCUACCCUCCUAAGAACUGUGCACAGUGUUAAAGACACAGCCCCACAGGCCUCUCUCAAGGAGAUCAUCCUUGUCGAUGACCUCAGCCAACGAGGACACCUGAAGUCAGCCCUGAGUGAAUACAUCUCUAAAUUGGAUGGCGUAAAAUUGAUCAGGAGCAACAAGAGGCUAGGAGUCAUCCAGGGUCGUAUGUUGGGAGCUGCCCGGGCCACAGGGGAUGUGCUGAUCUUCAUGGACUCCCACUGUGAGUGUCACAAAGGCUGGUUAGAACCCCUGUUGGCCAGACUGGCCAGUGACAGAAAUCGAAUUGUCUCUCCCAUCAUUGAUGUCAUAGACUGGAAGACAUUUCAGUAUUAUCACUCUGUGGACCUGCAACGAGGUGUUUUUGACUGGAAAUUAGAUUUCCACUGGGAGUCGCUGCCAGAGCAUGAAGAGAAGGUACGCCAGUCUCCCAUCAGCCCCAUCAGAAGUCCUGUGGUACCAGGUGGAGUUGUGGCAAUGGACCGACAUUACUUCCGAAAUAUUGGAGCUUAUGAUUCUGACAUGACCCUAUGGGGGGCAGAAAAUCUAGAAUUAUCUAUAAGGGCCUGGCUCUGUGGUGGGUCUGUAGAAAUCCUUCCAUGCUCACGAGUGGGACAUGUCUAUCGAAAUCACAUCCCACCUGCAUUUCCCUAUGAAGAAGUCAUGAUGAGGAACAAAAUCCGAAUAGCAGAGACUUGGCUGGGUUCUUUUAAAGAGAACUUCUACAAGCAUAACACAUUGGCAUCCUUAAUCAGCAAGGUGGAGAAACCAGACUGCAACGAGAGCCUUCAGCUGCAAAAGAGGUUGGGCUGUAGAGAUUUUCAUUCGUUUAUAUCAAAUGUGUACCCUGAACUUCACUUGCCAAAGGACAGACCAAAAUUCUCUGGCAAGCUGCACAAUACUGGUGUUGGCUUCUGUGCAGAUUACAGAUCCAGAGGGGGUGUAUCAGAAGGUCCUGUUGAACUGUCUCCUUGUACUGAUGCUACUAACCAGGACUUUGAAUAUAGCAGCAUGAAGGAAAUCCGGUCUGGUUCUGCUCCGCAGCUUUGCUUUGAUAUCAGACAUGACACGGUGAUCUUUCAAAACUGUACAGAAGGAGCAGAAAACAAUCAACAGCACUGGGAUGUCCAGGAGAGUGGAAUGAUCAUCCACAUCCUGUCUGGUAAAUGCAUGGAAGCAGUACAGAGUGAACCUGAAGCAAAUUUGUUCUUACGACCAUGUAACAAGAAUGCAAAUCAGCUGUGGCAAUUUGAAUGCUCACCUGUGCUAGAUAAGCAAUGACUGAUAGGCUUUUUUGAAGACUGCC